UUACGUCCCUCUGCAGGCAGCAUCGAGAAAAGAGCCGAGAACAAGGAAGCAACAUGUGCUGACCAUAAUAACUCCAACACAUCAGCAGCUCAGGCAGCCACGAGACAAGAGACAAGAGGAGGGCACACACACCGCCGGCUGGAUACUCAGACCUUUUCUUUAUUACAUCUCACCAUGAAAAAAGAGGUAGAGGCUGGCGUAAACUUCCUCAAACGCCUGGCUGUGGCACAUGGCAAGCUCAGUAAAGACAAAGCAGAUCUGUUUUCUGAGAAGCUACAGAAGCUUUUAUGUGAUAAAUAUGAUGAUCACUGGUAUCCUGACUCCCCCAGCAAAGGCCAGGCAUACAGAUGCAUCCGGAUGAAUAACGGAGUACCUUGUGAUGACGCAAUCCUGAAAGCCUGUGAAGAGAGUGAGUUCACGCCCAGGGAACUAGGCCUGCCGUCUGAGUUAACGGUGUGGAUCGACCCACUGGAGGUGUGUGCAAGAUCUGCAGAGAUAGGCAGGCCAUUCACAGUUGCCUGUUUUGAAGAGGAAGCUAUGGAGGGAAAGCAGACAGACUCGUCUGGGGACUCCAUCAAUCUGGACACAUCAGAUUACCACUCUGCUACCUCUUCAGAUUGUGGUUCCACUGCGUCUAGCGACACAGAGGAGGAGGCAAAAGAUGGCGAGCUGGAGGCGGAAGUGGACGUGAAGGCAAAGGCGGACGCAGAGAAAGAAAAAGAAAAGAAGGAGGUUGUCAAGAAGGAUGCAGCAGAAAGCAACGCCUACACGGUAGCAAUGAUGCCCAGGAUUCGGAAUCGACACGGAGAAGGACCACAUAUGGUCAAAUACGUCAGAAAUAUGCUCCCUGCCAGCCUCCAGUACUUCUACCACCCUGCGCAGGUUUGGCCUCAGUACAAGAAGGGCGCUCCAGUGUUUAUCAACGCGAUGUGCACGCCUCCGCCACCUCCGCCUCCGCCCCAGCAGGUAUUUGGCUACUACUUUUUGCCCCAGCCAACUCCGCAGUUCAUUCUGCCUCAGGCCACACUGCAGCCGUGGGGAGCUGUGAUGGGUUAGACUAUCCAGGAAGUGUGGGGUGAAAGUGGGUAGAGCAUUAAAAGCUCCUUCAUCUGAGCCAUGUCAGUUCUUUGAGUCCAGCUAAACUGAAAAAAUGACUGUAUAGUUCAAGGUUAUUCCUUGUACAUCCUGUAAUGAUUCCCUUUUCCUUUUGGUUUCUUGUAAUUUAUGGCUUUUACUUGGCACAAAGAUGCCAUUGAACUUGAGCAAAAACUGUUAAAAGAAUGCGUCAGAUCUGCACUGCUUAUUUUUUUAAUGUACACAUUUAUAUUGACUUCAAUCACUGGGUGCUUGGACUAACUCAGGAACUCUCAGCAAUAUCCUAUUCACCAAAUAUUUGUCUCUUCAAGGUGUUAUUUUUGUUAUGUUACUCUCUUUCUUAGUGUUUUUACUCAGUGUGUACGUCGGAGUUAAUCAAUGGAAAAUGUGAUUCAGGGGUUUUAUCUAUCUAUGUAGCUAGAGUGGCAAUAUCUGUAUAUGAGAAGAAUAUUUUUACUAAACCGCACACUUUUUAAUCUGUCUUUUUGUUGUAAUUUAUUUGGCCACCAGUAGAUGGCACUCAACUCACAGUGUAUAUUUUUUGUAUUAACAGUAGCUGUUGUAUUUUGCAAGAUCUAACUUCACGAAGACA